AUGAUCAUCUUGGUGGCUGACACCAUGCUGGGCUACCACUCAGAGGAGGGCUGGACCGGGCUCAUCGACGUGGUGCUGGCGCACUACGGGAUAGAGGCGGAGGAGAAGGCCGUCGUGCUGUUCGUAGGCGUCAUCCCCAUCGCCCUUGACGUCCUUUUCAAGUACUGGAUGUGA